CUCUCAGCUCUCACCCCACCCACACGAUAGCCGACAAAGCUAACCCCAUCACAACGUCUUCGUUGUGUUCCGCGAUCAUAUUCCUUUAGAUAUAAUCCUGUUACGAUUUUCUAAGUAUUUUGUCUUUCAGACCGAUGGAGACGAACCUGAGGAGGGUGAGGAGAAGGCAGAGAACUAGUGAUUCCUUGAUCGUUACAUAUAAUUCUAUCUCAUCAUCAGAAGCCAAAGAAGUUGGUUUUAAGGACAUGAUGAACAAUUUCUGGCUAGGAAGAGCGAGCCGUAGAAGAAUCGUCAUUUCUUACAAUGAAAUUAAUUCAGACAAAAGCUGGUCUGUUGGGAUUGGCAAUUUGUUCAACAACUACUGCAACUUGUCGGUCGUAGUAAUAUUUCUUCUUGUUGUUGUUGUUGCACUUAUUCCGUUGGGAUUGUGGAUAAAAUGGGCAACAAGACUAGGAGUUCCAGCUGCUUCUGGUGGCAGUGAAGUGGAUAUUGGUAAUAGUGGUAUUGUUGGCCGUGAUUGGGUUGCUAAGGUUAAGGAUGCAUGGCAGAGUGCUGUGGAUGCAGCAACUUAUUCUGGACAGAAGACUAAAGAAACCUCUGUUGAGCUGUCUUCUUAUGUUCAGCAGUUGCUGGAUUCCUACGCCCAUCUUAGAAAUGUGGUUGUUCCUGUUGGUUGUACUUUGGCAGGUACUAUAUUUGCUUGGCUGGUGAUGCCAAGGCUUUUCAGGAGAUUUCACAAGUAUGCAAGUCAAGGGCGCACUGCGUUACUAUCAGGAAGCCUAUCUGAGGAGCCAGUUCCAUAUGAGAAAAGUUUUUGGGGUGCUUUGGAGGAUCCAGUGCGACAUCUAGUUACUUUCAUGGCAUUUUCACAAAUUGGCAUACUCGUAGCACUGACGACUAUAGCUUCUCAGUAUCUUGCACCGGCAUGGAGAGGUGCAGUUAUCCUUUCAUUUGUGUGGUUUCUGCAAUGGUGGAAGACAAAUAUGUUCACUCGUGUAUUAGCGACUCAAAGUUUGCCUGGUCUUGAUCGGGACAAGUUGCUAGCUAUAGAUAACAUUUCAUCCAUUGGUCUUUUUGUGAUUGGGAUAAUGGCUUUAGCUGAGGCAUGUGGGGUGGCUGUGCAAUCAAUUCUUACAGUUGGUGGCAUAGGAGGAUUUGCUACUGCUUUUGCUGCCAGAGACGUCCUUGGAAAUGUUCUAAGUGGUUUCUCUAUGCAGUUUUCAAAUCCCUUUUCGCUUGGGGAUACAAUAAAAGCUGGAGCUAUAGAAGGUCAAGUUGUGGAAAUGGGACUUACUACCACUUCGUUAUUGAAUGCAGAGAAGCUCCCUGUCAUAGUUCCGAAUUCACUGUUUUCGAGUCAGGCAAUUGUGAACAAGUCACGUGCGCAAUGGCGUGCCAUCGUCACCAAAAUUCCCCUGCAAAUGAAUGAUUUGGGACUUCCUUCGGACAAAAGAUAUCUCAUUCCUGAGGACCGGAUACCUUGGUUGGAGGAGAACUUGACCGGUCAGGGGUGGGAUAUCGCACACUUCGUCGAUCCUGCGACUCUCGCUCGUCUCUCCACUGCUCGCCGUACAACGACUUACCUUCCAUUCACUUUGGCUGAUUCAAACCUGCGCGGAAUAGACUUGUUCAAGGACAUUUGUUCCGUCAACGUUGAGCUUUGUUGCAUCGAGGAUUCAGCGUCUCGUAUCCAGGCCAGCUUUCAAGAAAUGGAAGCCGAGUUAGCUCAACACCACAGUUUCGAGGACUGCGCAUCCGAGUCUGAGUCCGACCAGUCAGAUAUGUCAGCACCACGCUCAUUGUCGCUUUCCGGGUCUGCGAAGAAGUCUCGCGAUGCUUCACAGGUUGUUUUGGGUUUGGGUUCACCAAACGUGUCCGCUUCGAGUACACCAUCUCGGCCUCAGCAAGUCUCUCGCGCUCCCACUUCUGCUAGCUCAUUGCGAGAGAAUGACCUCACAUCCAUGACUGACAAACAAUUGUGGGAUUAUCAAUCACAAUGCUUGAACGCAAUGGUUGGAAUUCACAACACGCAAAUGGCGAGGUUUCAGGCUAUGAGCAGCGAGAUAUGCGAAAAGGCGGCGACCCUCGAACUUAGUGAGAAACGCAUCAAGGAAUGUGAGUACGAGCUCGAGCAGCAACGAGGAGAACUGCAAACUCUGAAAAGUGUCCAAAGCACUGUACUGAUAGAGGUUGACCGCCUUAAGAAAGAACUGGUGGAUGCCGCACGUAAUAGGGACGAGGAGUAUCAAGCUAACACCAAGCAGAUUAUGGUCGAGGUGGCCAGGCAAUUCAGGUACGGUUGGGUUCAAGGUCAACAGCUUCCUGAGCAUCGGUUUGUGGCAGACCCAGAUGAUUAUGAUGAUGAGUUGGGAUUUGAUCUCGCUGGUUACGAACUAUUUCAGGGUAUGCACCCUGAAGAUCGUCCUCCUACGGAUUACAUCCUCCAUCGCAGGACCCUACCAGCAACCUUUUAUGGGCCAACCUCUUCUGGGUCGAUUGGAACCGUUAUCCCUAGUGCUAAUGUUGCAUUGUCUAUUUCCAGUACUGGGCCUGUCCUUAGAUUUACAGGCUUCACCUCACCAGCUGGAUUUUUCACUUGUGCUGGGCCUACCUCAGAGGUCGUUCCUGACCCAUUUGAUGACGCGUCCUAGAUUGCUUUGUUUCGUUCACUGCUUGUUGUACUUUCUUUUCAGUUCUGUUUUUGGUUUGAUGUACUUAAUUAUCUUUAUGAGUUACCCACCUGUGUUGAACUUUAACCCUAAUAUAAGUAUCUAAGGUUUAGCGUGAUGGUUUUUCAAACCUGGCCAAAAUCC